AUGAAAAUCGAUUGGGAUGAAGAACUCAGUCAAGAAAUGCAAAAUGAAUGGACGAAUUUUAAACAUGAAUUAACCCAUUUAAAUCAACUGAAAAUAAAUAGAUUUGUUUUUAGUAACAAUGCAGUUGUGCGAACCGAGUUACAUGGAUUUGGAGAUGCGAGCGAGAAAGCAUAUGGAGCAGCUCUGUAUGUAAGGUCAAUAGAUAUCCAAGGAAAUAUUAAUAUUAAGUUGCUGUGCUCAAAAUCAAAGAUAGCUCCAGUCAAAUUACUAACGAUUCCUAGACUGGAACUUUGUGCGGCAAUUAUGGUGGUAGAAUUGGUGUCAAAAGUAAAAAAGGCGUUGGAAAUAACUAUUGAUGAAACUUAUUUAUGGACAGACUCUCAAAUCGUUCUUUCAUGGAUAAAAGGCGAACCCAGUUCAUUUAAAACUUAUGUGGCACAUAGAUUGGUUGUUAUACAUGAAAAAUCAACAAUUAAUCAAUGGAAUUAUGUGGCCACAAAAAAUAAUCCAGCAGAUAUUAUUUCAAGAGGGAUGUCAGCGAGCCGAUUAAUUGACUCUGAACUUUGGUUUCAAGGACCAAAGUUCUUAACAUUACAAGAAGAUCAAUGGCCACUAAGAAGUCUGUCUAUAGUAAGGGUAGUAGAAGAAGAAAAAAAUACUGUGUUAUUGAUAAACAAGAUGUCCAGCAAUGAAGUUAAACAUUUAAUAGAAUUAAUUGAUCAUCGUAAUUCAUUUAUGUUUCUACAACGAUCAAUGGCGUAUGUUUUACGAGCGAUUAACAAAAUGAAAAAGAUUAAAUCUGUCCCUCAUUCACAAUCUUGGUUAACUUCAGAUGAGUUAAACAAUGCCUUAAGCGAAAUCAUCAAAGAGACGCAACAAAUACAUUUUUUCGAAGAAAUAAAACAACUUAAAAAAGAUGGUCAGGUGAAUAAAAACAAUCGUCUGGCUUCAUUAUCAGUAUUUUUAGACGAAAAGGAAAUAAUAAGAGUUGGAGGAAGAUUGGAGAAUGGUUCAAUAGGAUAUAAUGCAAAACAUCCCUGGUUGUUACCAGGUAAUGAUUUUGUAUCAAAAUUAAUAUUUGACCAUUUACAUAAGCAACAUUAUCAUGCCGGACCAUUAGCACUCUUGGCUAUAGCUAGACAACCGUUUUGGGUAAUCAAAGGAAGAUUACUUGCAAGAUCAACGGUUAGUAAAUGCGUCGCAUGUUCUAAGGCAAAACCUCAGUUAUUACAACAACAAAUGGGUAAUUUACCAGACAAACGAGUAAUCCCUGCACGUCCAUUCUUAUAUAGCGGAGUAGACUUUUGUGGCCCAUUUUGGAUACACUAUCAUCUUAGUGUACCCAUUUUGGAUACACAGCAAACGACCAACAAAAUGUUAUAUCGCAGUAUUUUGCUGUUUCGUUACCAAAGCAAUCCAUUUGGAUGUAGUAUCUGA